AUGAUUUUUGUGAAGCCAACUAUUGGUUGUAAGAAGAAGGCAGAACAUGGUGAUAUCCUGAAAAAGCUUUUCAACCGUGAUAAUUUCCGUAUAAACGUGGUGGAGGAUGCGCAUACAGUUGAGCUUUGUGGUGCGCUGAAGAAUGUGGUUGCUUGCGCUGCUGGUUUCACCGAUGGUCUUGGUUACGGGGACAAUACGAAGGCGGCCGUCAUUCGGUUAGGACUUAUGGAAAUCACCAAGUUUGUUGAGUACUACUACCCUGGCUCGAAUUUGGAAACCUUCUUUGAAUCAUGUGGCAUCGCUGAUCUGAUCACCACGUGCUAUGGUGGUCGUAACCGAAAGGUGUGCGAAGCGUUUGCAAAGACGGGGAAACCGCUUGCACAGAUCGAAAAAGAGUUGCUACAUGGACAAAGUGCUCAAGGUCCAUUAACUGCUCACGAAGUCUUUUUCAUGACGGAGAAGAGUGGAGUGUCGGAUAAAUUCCCCCUGUUCACCGCUGUUCACAGGAUAUGCCGAGGGGAAAUUAAACCUGCUGAAAUGAUCUCUUGUCUACGGGCACAUCCGGAGUACACGUAA